AUGACUGAUACCAUCGCAGCCCCCACCGUACCUCAUCUCCCCUCCGACAUCUUGUCCAGCCUCUGCGAAGUCCUACUUGAGAUCCCGUCCAGCGCAUCCACCCUCCUCAAGCUCGCGCGCACUUCGGUCGAUUUACGCGAUGCUGCCAUUCCCAGGCUGUAUCGACGCGUCACCCUCACGAGCGAUAACCUCAUUCCCUUCCUUACCACCUCGCCAGCCGGACACGUAGGCUGCGGUCUCUCCACACCUUCACCCUGGGCGUACACGACCCAUCUCCGGAUCGCCUCCCUCCCUGACGACCUCUGCGGCUGCCACUUCCCUCCCGCGCUUCCCUCCUCUUCUCUCCUCCCUAAUCUUCGAAACAUCACUCUAGACUCUGGUGCCGUCUGGCAACUCAUCGUCUACACGCACGCUCAUCAUACCCCUCACCCCCUCAUCACCUUCCUCAGGGCCCGCGCUACCCCUACUCAUCUCACCAUCCAUUACCCCAACACCGAGCGCACAGCCCACUCAUUCGGCGGCGGAUACUGCUGCUGCUUUGCUGCCGUUCGGGCGUUCCAGCAGAACCCACUCCGGGCAGCGGCGUUCGAUAGGUCCUCUACCGCUCGGCUCAUCUCGGCUAUGGCGGCCGGAUGGGCGCUGAAGUGUCUUACGCUGGAAGGGGCGACGGACGACGAGAUACCGCGGGAUGUCAAGGCGAAGAGGAUGGAGGUGGGAUGGGCAGCUUGUCAGUGUGCGGAUGAGAAGUUCCACGGCGAGUGGUGUUUCAACCACGUGUCGCCGAUGAAACGCGUGGAGCAGGUCAGGGGGUUGCUUAAGUGGGGAGGAGAGAAGGAGAUGCAGAUUACGGUGCGAGGGGUAGAGAAUGUCGGAGGUGGGUCAGAAGAAGAGGAUGUAGGGAGAUGGAUACAUCAGAAGCUAGCCGAAGGGACGAGAGAGGAUGAGGCGUGUUGUGGGGUGGAUGGUCAUGCGGGUCAAGGGCAUGAUAUCGCAGCAUUGUAG